UUGGAUUGAAAAUGCAUCGGGACUGAGUGCCGAAAGUGAGUGCGUGUGGUGAAUUCUCGCCGAAGAGAGAGAGAGAGUCCGGAAGAGAGCCGCCGAGUGUGUGAAAGUGCCCCUACUUUUUGGUGUAAGAGCUCCUAACUUGGCCAACAGUUCGGUUCCGGCGGCGCGCAGUCAAGUCGAGUCCUUGCUGGCAAUCGGUUGUCCUGGCGGGCGAGUGCCUAGUUAUCGUGUAGCAAAGUGUGCCGGCACCGGGCCAUGCAGUCCCCCCAAAACAUAAGAUAACACCAAAAUCAUCCAAAUCAUCCAAACACCAAGUCACCAAAGUGAAUAGAAAGAAUCUGAAAGAUACAAAAGUGCCAAAAGUAUGUGAGAAGAGGAGUCAAGUGUCUGAAAUGUAAAACCGCUCAAAAGCGCAAGCCAAAUCAAAAUUGUACAGGUCACUGCCCACGGAAAUUCCUGAUAACAAAAAAAAGCUCAGCUACAAAAACCCAGCAAAUCAAAAGUAAAAAAAAAAUAACAAAAAUCUAAAUCUAAAUUCAAAUCAGAAUCAAAACAGAAGCCGGAAAACAUGUGGAUUAGUAGCCGCUUCUAUGUGAUUCUCCUGCUGCUCAAUCUGGAUGCCACCUGCAGUGAACCGUUCGAAGCCCACCUGCGCGGUCCCGGAUUCGUGAUGGAGCCACCUGGUCGGGUGGAGUUCUCGAACUCCUCCGGCGGCUGGCUGGACUGCUCGGCCUCCGGAAGUCCGCAGCCGACGGUCGACUGGGUGCACGCGGAUGGCUCGGCGGUGACCGAGAUCCAUGGGGUGCGACGUGUCCUGCGGAACGGGACGCUCGUCCUGAUGCCGUUCGCCGCCGCCGCCUACCACCAGGAUGUGCACAACACGAUCUAUCGCUGCAUUGCCAGCAAUUCGGUGGGUCGCAUCGUCUCGCGGGACGUGCAAGUGAGGGCGGUUGUGGCCCAGGCCUACAAAGUGGACGUGGAGGUGCUGUCUGCCGCGCGGGGAUGCACCGCCAUUUUGCGCUGCGUGGUGCCCACGUUCGUCAAGGAAUUGGUACGAGUGGUCUCGUGGGUUCAUGAACCCGCUAUCUACAUCUAUCCCUCGUUGCAAGGCGAUGGCAAGUUCCACUUGCUGCCCACCGGCGAGCUGCUCAUCCACAAUCUGCAGGAGAGCGACGAGUCGCAGUCCUUCCGCUGCCGCAGCAUGCACCGCCUCACCCGCCAGGUGGUCGUCAGUUCACCCACCCGACUGCGUAUUAAUUCGCAUCGCGGCAUCAUUUCGCCCAGCGUGGUGGAGCACACGGCUCAUGUGCAGGUGUCGCAGGACGAGGGCGCGGUGCUCCUGUGCGUCGCUCAGGGCUGUCCUUCGCCCGAAUACAGCUGGUUCACCCACAAUGGAGCCGGACCCCUGCCCGUACUUAGUGGUCCUCGGGUCCGACUGCUCGGCCCCAUCCUGGCCAUUGAGGCCGUGACUGGCGAGGAUUCCGGCGUCUACAAGUGCACGGCCGGCAAUGUGGGCGGCGAGGCUAGUGCCGAGCUCCGGCUCACGGUGGCCACGCCCAUUCAAGUGGAAAUCUCACCGAACGUACUCAGCGUUCACAUGGGCGGCACCGCGGAGUUCCGGUGCCUGGUCACCAGCAACGGCAGCCCCGUGGGCAUGCAGAAUAUCCUGUGGUACAAGGACGGCCGCCAGCUGCCCUCCUCGGGCCGCGUGGAGGACACCCUGGUGGUGCCACGCGUGAGUCGCGAGAACCGCGGCAUGUACCAGUGCGUGGUGCGACGGCCCGAGGGCGACACGUUCCAGGCCACCGCCGAGCUGCAACUGGGAGAUGCGCCGCCCGUGCUCCUCUACAGCUUUAUCGAGCAGACCCUGCAGCCAGGACCAGCUGUGAGCCUCAAGUGCUCCGCUGCCGGCAAUCCUACGCCGCAAAUUUCAUGGACACUGGACGGAUUUCCGCUGCCAUCAAACGGAAGAUUUAUGAUCGGACAAUACAUCACCGUGCAUGGCGAUGUAAUUAGUCAUGUUAACAUAAGCCACGUCAUGGUCGAGGAUGGUGGCGAGUACGCCUGCAACGCGGAGAAUCGCGCCGGACGAGUGCAGCAUGCGGCGCGCUUGAAUAUUUAUGGUCUUCCAUACAUUCGACUAAUACCGAAGGUAACUGCCGUCUCCGGCGAGACAUUGAAUCUGAAGUGCCCGGUGGCCGGCUAUCCCAUCGAGGAGAUCCACUGGGAGCGUGGUGGACGGGAGCUGCCGGAUGACAUACGUCAACGUGUCCAGCCGGACGGCUCGCUGACCAUCAGUCCCGUGCAGAAGAACUCCGAUUCCGGCGUCUAUACGUGCUGGGCGAGGAACAAGCAGGGUCACAGUGCCCGGCGGAGUGGCGAGGUGACGGUCAUAGUGCCGCCGAGCAUAGAACCGUUCGCCUUCCAGGAGGGUUUGGCCGAGGGCAUGCGGACGAGGACCGUCUGCGGGGUGUCCAGGGGCGAUCCGCCGCUGAAGCUCAUCUGGCUGAAGGACGGUGAUCCGCUGCCCGACCUUUUGGGGGCCAAUGUCACCAUGCUAGACCAGUACAGCUCCCUGCUGAGCAUUCCGUCGCUGUCGGCCACGCAUUCCGGCGAGUACACGUGCGUGGCCAAGAAUCCGGCGGCCGAGAUCAAGUAUACGGCCCUCUUGCAGGUCAAAGUGCCACCUCGCUGGAUCGUCGAGCCCGUGGACGCGAAUGUGGAGCGCAAUCGCCACAUCAUGCUGCACUGCCAGGCGCAGGGUGUGCCCACACCCAGCAUCGUGUGGAAGAAGGCUACAGGCAGCAAGUCGGGAGAGUACGAGGAAGUCCGCGAGCGUCCCUUCACCAAGCUCCUGGGCAAUGGCUCCCUGCUGCUGCAGCACGUGAAGGAGGAUCGCGAGGGCUUCUAUCUGUGCCAGGCCAACAAUGGCAUCGGCACCGGCAUCGGAAAGGUCAUCCAGCUGAAAGUGAACUCCUCGCCGUACUUCUCGUCCACGUCGCGCUCCGUGAUGGUGAAGAAGGGCGACACGGCACUGCUCCAAUGCGCCGUCAGUGGGGACAAGCCGAUUAACAUUGUUUGGAUGCGCUCGGGCAAGAACACGCUGAAUCCGUCAACCAAUUACAAGAUCUCGGUGAAGCAGGAGGCCACACCAGACGGCGUGUCCGCCGAGCUGCAAAUCCGCACCGUGGACGCCACCGACAGUGGUCCGUACUUCUGUCGUGCCAGCAAUCUGUAUGGCAACGAUCAGCAGCUGGUGCAGCUGCAGGUCCAGGAACCACCACUGCCGCCCAGUGUCCUGGAGGCGGCCAUGAUCAGCAGUCGAUCGGUGAACAUCAAGUGGCAGCCCAAAACUCUGGGCACCGGCGAUGUGACCAAGUACAUCGUGGAGUUCCGCGAGGCUGAUCCUCUGUUCGUGGACCAGUGGCAGCAGAUCGAGGUCAAGGAUCCGCCACACUUCAAUGCCAUGAUCGAGAACCUAAAGCCGGCGACACGUUACGCUUUCCGGGUGAUUGCCGAGGGCUCGGCCGGACGCAGUGCACCCAGUCAGGAGCUGAUUGUUCGCACGGAACCACAGCGCCCGGCAGGACCGCCACUUAGCCUCUCCGCCAGACCUUUGUCCUCCACCGAGCUGCUCAUCAGUUGGGUGGCGCCAUUGCCGGAGCUGCGACAUGGUGACAUUCAGGGCUACAAUGUGGGCUACAAGCUGUCCAGUUCGGGCAAUACGGCCUACAACUUCACUUCCGUUUCCGGCGACGGCGAUGGUGGCAAUGGAGAGCUACUACUCAGUGGACUGGCCAAGUUCGCCCGAUACACCGUGGUGGUGCAGGCCUUCAAUCAGGUAGGGCCAGGACCUCUAUCGGAACCCGCUGCUGCUCAAACCAUGGAAGAUGUUCCAAGUCGGCCGCCAGAGGACGUGCGCUGUGCCGCCUUGUCCUCCCAAUCGCUCCAGGUGUCCUGGCAACCACCGCCAAUUUACCACACCAAUGGCCUGCUGCAGGGCUACAAGCUGAUAUUUGAGCCCAUCAUCGAUGACAUUCAGCCCAGCAAGGACGAAGUGGAGUCCAGGAAGACGACAGCACUCACCAUGGUGCUGACAGGACUGCGAAAGUACACCAACUACAGCAUUCAGGUGUUGGCCCACACGCGCAUGGGCGAUGGCGUGGUAUCGAAGCCACUGUUUUGCCACAGCGAAGAGGAUGUGCCCGAGGCACCGGCUGACAUCAAAGUGGUGUCGAGCUCAUCGCAAUCCCUGUACAUCUCUUGGCUGCCACCAAACGAACCUAACGGCGUGAUCACCAAGUACAGUCUAUACACUCGCGUGGUGAACGGUCGCGAGGAGCUGAACAACGAGAAACGUAGUCUGCCCUCACAGCAGGCCUACUACGAGGCCAAGGGACUGCAUCCGCACAUGGAGUACCAGUUCUGGGUGACGGCCAGCACGCGAGUGGGCGAGGGCAAGAGCUCGCGAGUGUCCUCGCAGAUAACCACGAAUCGCAUACCGGCUAGGAUCAUAUCCUUCGGUGGCCCAGUGGUCCGUCCUUGGAGAUCCACCGUUACUCUGCCCUGCACGGCGGUUGGGAAACCCAAGCGGGAGUGGUUCAAAUCGGAUGUGGCCCUGCGGCAAGGUGGACUGCAUAACUCGCAGCUGUUGGACAGUGGCGAUCUGAUCAUCUCCAGCCUGCAGCUGGCGGACGGUGGCAACUACAGCUGUCAGGUGGACAAUGGCAUUGGCACUGAUCGACUAACGCACACCCUAAUGGUGCAAGUGCCACCUACAGCCCCCGUUCUCUAUGUUACGAGUGCCACCUCGAGCAGCAUCCUGAUGCACUGGAAGUGCGGCUUCACGGGCAAUGCACCCAUCACCGGCUACACCUUGUUCUACCGCCGAGCCAAUGGCAACACGGACGAGAUGCAGUUGUCGCGUCACGCCUCCAGUCACGAGCUCAAGGGCCUGAUGUGUGGCAGCACGUACCAGAUCCACCUGAGUGCCCAGAACAAGGUGGGCACCUCGCCCACCAGCACCAUUCUGCACGUGCGCACCCAGGGUCAGUCGCCUGGUCAUCCGGCCUCCACCGCCCUUCUGGCCCCCAACUCGACCUCGCUGCUGGUCCGGUUGCACUCCUGGCCGGACAACGGGUGUCCUUUGCUCUACUUCGUCCUGCAGUACCGGGCGGUUACCGAGGAUCCCGACGCGGAAUGGGUGCUAGUUUCCAAUGCCUUGAAGCCACAGCGUCGCAUAGUGGUCAACAAUCUGCAACCAUCGACGCUCUAUCAACUCCGCAUGGAGGCGCACAAUGUGGCCGGCAUCUCGCAGGCGGAGUUCAACUUUGUGACCCUGACCAAGGAUGGAGAUCCACCGCCGCCGGAAAUCAUGCACCGUGGCCGUGGUGGUCAAACCACGGUGAUAUUCGCCAAUAUUAACCUGCUCAUACCAACCAUUGCGGCGGUAUCGGGCAUGUUCUGCACCAUCAUCAUGAUCAUCGUGUGCUACAGACACAUGCUUAAAAAUGCACCACCGCUCGCAGAGCAAAGCCAAAUUCAAAAGGAAUCACUCGAGAAUCGAGCCAACUCGGAGGCUGCCCAGCGGGAGCGGUAUUAUGCCACCAUUCACAAGGUGUCCAUGCAGAACAACGAUAAGAUUCCAGAAACCUCCGAGGACAUCUCGCCAUACGCCACCUUCCAGCUGUCGGAGGCGGGGGGCAACAUGUCGCAGCCGCACCACGGCGGCCCGGCCAACACGCUGCUCCACUCGUUCAUGUACCACGAGCGGGCCCUGGCCGAGGGCUGCUCGUCGCCACCACCAGCCGCGUCCAAGAACCGGAGGCGCCACUCCAGGAAGACGGAGCCGGAGAGCGAGGAGUCGGAAUCGGACCAGGACCAGCUCACCUCCAGUCGCACCGAGUCCUCCAACCAGCACGAGGGCAAGAUCAAGCACAGCAUCAUCUACCAUGGAGCACAAUCAAGCACCUCCUCCGAUCUGUCACCAAUGUCCGAACAGAAAUCAUUGCCCCGCCGCGGUCGCUCCAGGUAUCAUCAUCAGCAAUAUCAGUUUUCCACCAAUACCACACCGCGCCACCACAACAGCAACAAAAUGAACAACAACACCACCAGCAACACGAACACCACAGCCACCAAUACGACAGCCACACCAUCGACAUCGAGCAAUUCGAACAAAAUUCUAUCGCCGCGCGGCGGAAAUCUGAAAUCCAUAUCGAGCACCUUCAAAUCGCAAGACUCCAUACAGUGCCACAUACCCACAUUGGUCAAGUCGCCAUCGAUCAGUACACAGCAGCAGAAACAGUUCCACAAGCAGCAGUUGCAGAAUAGUAGUAACAAUAGUUCCCAGCAUAGUAGCUCCAAUCCGAACAGUAGUAGUUUGAAGCAACAGCAGCCCCUCCUGAUCACGCCCAAGCUCCAUCAGCUGGAGGCCAAUGGCCAGGAGCUGUUGGGGCUGGAUGGGAUCGGUAAUAGCCCGUUGGUAGCCUGCAUGCCGCCCUCCUCACAGUUCCGCCCCAUACCCCACAAGUCCAUAAUGCCCGCGCAUGAGCCACCGCACCACCACAACCACAACCAGCAAUCGCAUCCCCACCAGCAGCAGCAGCAGCAGCAGCAUCAGCAGCAGCAUCCGGGCACACUGCUCAAUCCCUCGACGGCCAUGCUCUCCUCCAAGUUCUUCACAGCGCCCACGCUGCCCAAAUAGGAUACGGCCAAUGGGGGGAGUGAAUACGUUGGUGGUGCCAUGGAGGCCAUGGACGGUUUCGGCUAUGACAGCGGCGAGAUCUCCUGCACCUACAUGGACCCAAUCGAUCAGACAUGAGACCUGGCCUACGGUGAGGUGUGUGGUCCCCCCGAGGGGGCCCGUUAAGGACCCAUUUCACGACCUGGUGGCUCAGCUAUUAGUGCCUGGAUAGCAUUUUAUGUUAACAUUUUCUGUUAAGAGCUGCCUAAAAGUAUGCUCUAAAAAGUUACUUAUGGUUACAUUCAUACAGGAUUUAAUUCCUUUAGACUUUUCUGUGAAUCGCACUUGUAAGAGAGCUAUCUUAAAUGAAAUUUGGAAGCCUUUAAGGUACAAGCUGAUAAAUCAGGUCGUGAAAUCUGUGCCCACCCACGCACACCCAACCACACAACCACCAGACUAGAACAACACCACUAGGUCUUUAAACGAAUGAAUGCUUGAAUGCUGUGGUUGCAAUCAAAAAAACCAACUCUGGACCCUUUCUUGUACUUGCACCCCCAUAUCACCCCCCAACGAUUGCCACCCACCAACCUCCCACACCCCCAAAUGAAAACACGCAUCCAGGGCCGGCAUCCUGCGCACGCUGCAUCCGCUCCAGCUGCAGGCCGAGUGCAACGCCGGCGCCUUCCAUCGCACGGAGGACGGCGGCCUGGGCGAACGGAUCGAGCUGGCCGAGG